AUGAGAGAAAUUAUCCAUAUAUCGACCGGCCAGUGUGGUAACCAGAUUGGUGCGGCGUUUUGGGAGACCAUUUGCGGCGAGCACGGGCUUGAUUUUAACGGUAACUACCAUGGUUUAGACGAUAUUCAAAAAGCGCGUUUGAACGUGUAUUUCAAUGAAGCAUCAUCCGGAAAAUGGGUUCCACGUUCUGUCAACGUGGAUCUCGAACCGGGCACCAUCGAUGCAGUGCGCAAUUCGCGUAUCGGAAACCUUUUCAGACCAGACAACCACAUUUUUGGCCAAUCUUCUGCCGGUAAUGUGUGGGCCAAGGGCCAUUACACGGAGGGUGCAGAGCUUGUAGACUCCGUAAUGGACGUUGUGCGUCGUGAGGCGGAAGGCUGUGACUCGUUGCAGGGCUUCCAGAUCACACAUUCGCUUGGUGGUGGUACCGGAUCCGGUAUGGGCACGUUGCUGAUCUCCAAGAUCAGGGAAGAGUUUCCAGACCGUAUGAUGGCAACUUUUUCCGUGGUGCCUUCGCCCAAGACUUCGGACACCGUUGUGGAGCCCUACAACGCCACUUUGUCCGUACAUCAGCUUGUCGAACACUCUGACGAAACCUUCUGUAUCGACAACGAAGCCCUAUACGAUAUCUGUCAAAGAACUUUGAAGUUGAGUCAGCCUUCCUACAACGAUCUGAAUCAUUUGGUAUCUUCUGUGAUGUCUGGUGUCACCACGUCUCUGCGGUACCCAGGUCAGCUGAACUCUGACUUGAGAAAACUGGCUGUCAACUUGGUUCCAUUUCCUCGUUUGCAUUUCUUCAUGGUUGGCUACGCUCCACUAACAUCGAUUGGAUCCCAAUCGUUCAGAUCUCUGACGGUUCCAGAGUUGACGCAGCAAAUGUUCGACGCCAAGAACAUGAUGGCUGCUUCAGACCCCAGAAACGGUAGAUAUUUGACUGUUGCAGCAUUUUUCAGAGGUAAAGUGUCUGUGAAAGAGGUAGAGGAUGAAAUGCACAAGGUCCAAACUCGUAACUCUUCAUAUUUCGUGGAAUGGAUUCCCAACAACGUGCAAACUGCAGUGUGCUCCGUUGCGCCCAAGGAUCUUGACAUGGCUGCUACCUUUAUUGGUAACUCCACGUCGAUCCAGGAAUUGUUCAAGAGAGUCGGUGAUCAAUUCGGUGCCAUGUUCAGAAGAAAGGCGUUUUUGCAUUGGUACACGAGCGAGGGUAUGGAAGAAAUUGAGUUUUCUGAGGCUGAGUCGAACAUGAACGAUUUGGUCAGCGAGUACCAGCAAUACCAGGAAGCCACGGUUGAGGACGACGAAGAGCUUGAAUACGCCGACGAGCAACCUAUACCUGAAAAUUUCGAAUAA